UUGUAGGUCGAGUUGUCGAUGUCGACCGUCUGCGACUGUGCGCGGCAGUGUCGGAGUGAUCGCCAUAUUUAUUUUAGUUUCAAUAGACACGAAUCGGUCAACAGAGUUGUCCUGGUUGUCCACUACUUAAACACUUUACGUUAAGAAAGACAGCAGAGGGUCAGGAUUCAAGAUCACUCGGAGGAAAAUUUUUUCAUCCAAAGACUGAGGAAAUUAAGUGUAUCGUCUCCUCGGCUACGUGGCCACGUCGCCAGUCAUGGCACGAAGCCGAAAAGAUAGCACUGGCAAAAGCGACUCCGAGGUCAGCGACAAGGAAGGCAAGCGCGGUCGUGAUAAGAAGAGACGCUCCGCGUCUUCGUCCAGUAGCGGAAGCAGUUCUUCGGACAGUAGCUCUGGAUCAUCUAGUUCGAGCAGCAGUGGAACUUCCAGAUCCAGUUCCUCAUCCAGCUCGUCCUCUAGCAGUUCUGGAAGCUCGUCUGCGAGCUCACGCGAGAGAGGCCGCAAGCGCAGCCGUACUAGAAGCCCAGAUGUCAAGGGGCACUUGUCCAAGGAAAAGGAGAGGGACAAGGAGCGUGACCGGGAACGCGAGAGAGAACGCGAACGGGAACGUGAAAAGGAGCGAGAACGUGAAAGAGACAGGGAACGUGAUAAAGAGCGCGAUAGAGAACGAGAUAGGGAAAGGGAAAGGGAACGUGAUAGGGAUAGAGAGAGGGAACGAGAGCGAGAGAGGGAGCGAGAGCGUGAAAGAGAAAAGAAGAAACCUAAUUCAGUUCCUGAGAAGCCUAAACCUAAGCCACGUUCCAAGACUCCUUCUCCACGUAGAAAGCGUAAGGAGAGGUCACCUCCUAGACCAACAAAAAUUCAUAUUGGUCAUCUGACGAGAAACGUUACCAAAGAGCACAUUGUGGAGAUCUUUUCGACUUAUGGAAACAUCAAAUUAGUUGACUUCCCUAUUGACAAGCAACAUCCUAUUCAUGGUAGAGGCUUUGCUUACGUUGAAUUUGAAACGGCUGAUGAAGCAGAAAAUGCUAUGAAGCACAUGGACGGAGGACAAAUUGAUGGACAAGAGAUCACAGCAGCUCCAGUGCUAAUCCCAAAAACACCUCGACCACCAGCUCGACGAAUGUCGCCGAUUAUGAACCGACGUGGUCCUCCUCCAGGUAAUCGCGGCUGGGGUGGCGGCGGCGGUGGUGGUGGCGGUGGCGGUGGCGGUGGUGGUGGUGGUGGCAAUCGCAACUCACCACCCCGCUAUCGUCGUCGUUCUCCUAUGAACAGGCGUGGACGUAGCCCAGCAAGACCUCCUCGACGUCGUCCAAGGACGCGGUCUAGGUCUCCAGUGAACAACCGGAGAGACAACCGACAUCGACGCUACAGUCGUUCCAGUUCUAGUAGCUCGCGAUAACGCGACAGUUAAGCCACUUUUUUUCUCAGAAAUCGAUUUGAGACUAGUAUCUCUUUCAUUUUUUGCACAGGCUGUGCUGGUGAGAGAGUUAAGAGCGUGUAGACUUUCGUUAAUUCGGUCCAAAAUACUGUUUGACUUUGUGAUGUGCUAUUUGUAGGUAUAAAGAUGACUAGCAGUUACAUUGCAGGGAAUAUCUUUUACGAAUCAUAGAGGUACUUUCUUCUUUCGAGCUACCUUACAUGUUUUAACAUUUAAACAUUAUCGAAGAUGUAAAACAUGUGUAUUUUAAUAUUUGUAUAAAAUAAGUAAUUAAAAUCACGUUACUUUUUAAGCAAACUUUUAUCAUCCUCAAUUAUAUGAUUCUUGAGUUUUCUUUCUUUAUCGUCACACUCUAAGUAGCUUUUUUUGCUUUAAUUUGUAAUGAUUUGUAUAAAUACUGUUAGUUAUUUAUGUUAUUCUUGUCACUAAAUAAACAAAUAGUGUAUGUUUUGUUCCUACAAAGAAAAAACCAUGUCCAAAAUGAUAAAGGUUAACUAUCAAUGGACGUAGAACAAGCAUUGAUUUUUUAAAAAUUUUCUUUCCAUUGAACUAAAGCAUUACUAUUUUAAUAAAAUCAAGAGUUGUAUUGGCCAAAAAAGCCAUUAUGCAGUUUUUUUUUGUUUAAUUUUUUGCACAAGUGUGUUAGUGUGAGGACAUUGUAAUGGACAAUUUUGUGACCUUUACUGUAACAUAACUGUUUAGUUGAAUCAAUUAUCAGAUAAAAGAGUAAUUGGUAUGUGUUAAAGAAUGCUCAAAGAAUUGUAAUUGUAAACAUUGUGUGCAGAUGGUGUGUAAAAACUUAAUGAAAACCGAACCUUCCUUUCAAAUGAAUGAAUUCAAAUGUGAAUAUUUUUUUUUUUUACUUGCAAAUAAUGUGAAGUAUAUUUAGUUUUAAACAAAAAUUUGAUUGAAUAUAUAAUAUUAGAGUGGUGUGUGAGAGAAAGAAAAUAAAUUUGUAACUUUUGUUAUAAUUAACAAAAAAAUGAAUUUAUCGUACAAUU